ACUGACUCAGAUUUUUGUCUUCCAGCAAGUCUUCAGCUCCGAUGUGAUCGAAAGACCACAGCACAUAUUGGAGGUGAAUUCAUUCUUAAAUGCAGCUAUGACACAAACCGAUUCCUGUUCAGUAAAAAGUACUGGUGCCAAGGGGACUCUAGAAGCACCUGUACGAUUCUGGCAGAUUCAGACAGCACAACUAAAAAUACACACAGGUCUCAGGUAGUAGAUCUAGGAAAAGGAGGGCUGUUUGUGAAAGUCACAGAUCUCCAAUUUGGCGACACUGGAGUGUACUGGGUUGGGAUUGACAAAAUAUAUGCUGACAUCAUGACUUCAGUUAACGUGGUCAUCACUGAAGUUCCAGUAUCUAAACCCAGUCUUUGGCCCCUGAGCUCUCUGGUGGACAGACAGACAUGUUGGGGUCAGCCGGUGACAGUGCGCUGUGGCUGUAAAAGGGGCACUGGCGUUCAUUACACAUGGUACCAACACACACACCACAAGGACUUCCUGCUUCACAACUCAUCAGACUUACACCUACGCUGUGGCACCUUGGACAAGGACAGCGAUUAUUACUGUAUUGCCAGUAAUGACAUAAGCAGUCAGAGGAGUGAUGUUCUCUCGGUGCAGGUUCUGAUGCCUGCAGACAGCAGCUGUAUCUAUGUUGUUUGUGCGGAGGGCCAACCCGUUUAUGACUGCGCUGACAGAAUGAGCACCACCACGGCCACAACUCCAGCUCUGACGACCUGCCAAGCUACUGUAAAAAUCCAAUCUGACGCAACCAACUGGUCACUUCCAGUCAAUGACACGGAACAAGAUCUGUUUUUCAGCAGGGCAUGGACAGGAGUGCCAUUCUGGUAUAUGCUGCUGCGCUGGGCUUCUUUUGCAUCCUUACUGAUAUUUCUGUGCAUAGUACUCAAAUGUACAAAAGUGAGACACAAACGUGCCAAGAGGAGGAGGAGGAGGAGGAGGGCUUGUGUGAGGCGAAUGCCCCAUAUGGUUAACUGACCUGCUUUUACAGUGGUAGUUCUUUGGAAGCCAUAUCAGCACCUGUGACAUUGCUUUGUGGUUUUAUUGUUGGCCAAGGUUCUUUGAUAGCACGUGGUGAGGACGUCAGCGUUUUUAUCAGAGUGUCUCAUUGUAGCGUUUAUCAAACCACUGUAAUGUAUUAUAAAUGAUAGCUUUUCAAUGCCACCACCAAAACACACACACACACACACACACACACACACAAUCAUUUCCAUUUAAUAUGUUUAAAGAGGAAUGAUCUGUGUCUAUGUUUACUCAAAUAACACUAGAAUAAUAUUUGUCAUACAUUAUAUUAAAAUGAAAUAGUUUUAAUUUAAAAAAUAAACCUUCACAAUGCCAGCUGGAAGAACUGACUCUGUGAGCGUUCCUAAUGUGUUAGAAUGUGAAUUGA